AUGGUUGGCCUAGGGCCGAGUGAUCAAGGAUGUGAUUCCUUUGAUGUGUGUAUGGUGGCACGUGAAACUACACCAAGUGCGGUCGGCCGUGAGACCACCGCACUGAACGUCGGUAAUGACAUUGUUGGCGAUUCGCCAUAUAGUGUGGGCGGCCGUGAGGGCACCACACCUAAUGUCAGUAAUGAUUUUGUUGGCGAUACGCCGCAUAGUGUGGACGGCCGUGAGGGCACCACGCUUAACGCCGGUAAUGGCGUUGUUGGCGAUACGCCGUUUAGUGUGGGCGGCUGUGAGGGCACCACACCUAAUGUCAGUAAUGAUACUGUUGGCGAUACGCCGUAUAGUGUGGACGGCCGUGAGGGCACCACACCUAAUGUCGGUAUUGACCUUAUUGGCGAGACGCCGUUAAAUUUGGGGCUAGGCCCGCAUUAUACACGUGGAGUGGCACGCUUCAAUCCACUGGGUGAAGUGUUCGAGCUUUGUAACACUUCACCGGAUGUCGGUCAAGACAAAAGCUCUUGUAUAGAGCGUACUAUGGUUAGAGGUAACCAUGGGGACAAUAUUGUCCCGACCCCUAAGGGGUAUAAGGUCUCGAAAUGA